CGCUUUGACAGGCAAGCGGGCCGCCCAAUCGGAGCGGGGCGGGCGGUGAAGGAGGAGGAGGAGGAGGGCAGCAAGAUGGCGGUGGUGGCGCCGCUGCUGGCGCUGCUGUACUCGGUGCCGGGGCUGUGCCGCUGGCUGGCGCGGCCGUACUACCCGCUGUCCGCGCUGCUCGCCACCGCCUUCCUGAUCGUCCGCAAGCUGCCGCCGCUCUGCCGCGGGCUGCCCUCGCAGCGGGAGGACGGCAACCCCUGCGACUUCGACUGGCGGGAGGUGGAGAUCCUCAUGUUCCUCAGCGCCAUCGUGAUGAUGAAGAACCGACGCUCCAUCACGGUGGAGCAGCACAUCGGGAACAUCUUCAUGUUCAGCAAAGUGGCCAACGCCAUCCUUUUCUUCCGUCUUGACAUCCGCAUGGGGCUGCUCUACCUCACGCUCUGCAUAGUCUUCCUGAUGACCUGCAAGCCGCCGCUGUACAUGGGCCCCGAGUACAUCAAGUACUUCAGCGACAAGACCAUAGACGAGGAGCUGGAGCGGGACAAGCGGGUGACCUGGAUCGUCGAGUUCUUCGCCAACUGGUCCAGCGAGUGCCAGUCCUUCGCCCCCAUCUUUGCCGACCUCUCUCUCAAGUACAACUGCUCGGGGCUGCACUUCGGGAAGGUUGACGUCGGCCGGUACACGGACGUCAGCACCAGGUCUGCGGGGACACGGCUGGCUCCCCCAGCCCGGAACCGUGUCGGGGAGCCCCUGGGGACCCCCAGACCUUCUGUGUGCACUGCCCCUCUCUUGCUGUCCUCCUGCAGGUACAAGGUGAGCACCUCGCCCCUCACCAAGCAGCUGCCCACCCUCAUCCUCUUCCAGGGUGGGACGGAAGUCAUGCGCCGCCCGCAGAUCGACAAGAAGGGCCGGGCCGUGUCCUGGACCUUCUCGGAGGAGAACGUGAUCCGCGAGUUCAACCUCAACGAGCUCUACCAGAAGGCCAAGAAGCAGGGCCGGCCGCGGGACGAGGGCGCCGAGGAGGCUCCGGAGGGGCAGGCGCCCGCGGGGCUGGCCAACGGGGAGACCAAGAAGGACAAGUAGAAGCCACCCGCGCCCCUCUCACCCGCCGCCCACCCCCCCGGCCCCGCUGUCGGGGGCUCCCCGUGCCCGGUGCCGCGUGUCGGGCAAUAAAGCUCCGGUGGCGGC